AUAACACUAGGAGAUACUUAAAGAUCACUAUGAAAUGAAACAGUGUAAGGAAAUUUAAAAUUAAGAAUGGAAGUUUAUUCUCAUGUUGUUUCAUUUUUUUGUGUUUUUUUUUUAAAAACCUGUUUGAGAUAUUCGAUCACAGCUGUCCCGAUAAGGACAUCAUUAUUCAGAUAUACAUAUGUUAGCUCAAUUGUGAGGAUAAUUUGUAUUUCAAGCAUCCGGUAUGAGUAGGGUUGAUAAUUACUUUUAAUGUGGUUCUAGCCAACGAGGAUAUCGAGCCAUGAGACACGUAUUGAUGACUACUUUAUACAUCGGAUCAAAUUCAUUGGUUACAAACUGAUGCACAUCAUAGAAAGAGGAAUCUUGUUGUGUGCUCGUAUUUACAAUGGAUAAGGCACGUAAAUUCCUCUCAAAAUCAUCUAAUAUGGCGACCGAUAUAGACCAUGAAAAGUGUGACCAGCAUGGUUCUGAAAAUGUGUUCUUUUGUAAAAAGCAUGCAAAUGUAGGCUGUGGCAGAUGCCUUUUGAAAGAACACGCUACCUGUGGACAUGACAUUGUUGAUCUUGAUGAUAUUACAAAAGAUAUGGUUGAUACUCAACUUGCUAAACACCUGAAGAGCUCCAUGGAAGACAUGAGCGAUUGUAUUUUACAAAUCGAAGAAAACUUGUCAGGAAGUCAGUCCCGUAAUAAAACUAGCAAAGAAGCUUGCUUAAGAGAACUGAAUGCUUACAAGAAAAAAAUAGUAGAUCGAAUUGAAAAACAAACAAAAAAUGCUAAAGAUGCAGUGACUGACAUGUACAACAAAGGUGAAGAAGACAUAAAAAAUGUCUCAGCGGCAUGUUGUGAACUAAAACAGAAAAUUACAUCGAAAAAAACUGAUUUCGAAGCUAGUAUUCGCAACAAUCAAUACAAAAAGCAAUAUAUUUUGAUGACGACGCUGAAAAAAGAACUUGAAACAUUGACAUCUGAAGUCGACGAGACAAAGCAACGAAGUAUUACAGAACCCAUAUCCUUGGUUUGCAACACCGUUGUGGAAAAUUGGCUUGAGGACAAAGGAUCAGACUUUAUUGUACAAACAGCUAGUAAUCGUCUCGAUACACAUGCGUCAAUACCGCCGCCGCUUCCCCCGAAAUCAACUCGUGAUGAUCCCGCAAUCGAGUGCUCCAGUGACAUUGAUGACAAAGCGGACUGUGGAGAAAUGAGAGUGGAUGACAUUUUAUCUUGCUCACCGAUUGGACAGGGCUAUUUUGGCGAGGUGUUUAAGGGAGUUUGCAAGCCAAAAAACACAACUGUAGUUGUCAAAGUGUACAAAGACAUAUGUACGGACAAGAUGCGGAAAAUAUUUGCAACGCAAAUGACAAAGCUGAGAACAUUGGAUCAUCCAAACCUUGUCAAAUACCUUGGCAUUGUUCUUGAGUCACAGCCAAUAAGAAUUGUCAUGGAGUAUGUUACAGGACAGUGCCUUCUUGAUAACCUUCGUUCGGCCAACAACAAACAAACAACCAAAGAAGCCGCCAAGAUGUGUUUAGAUAUUGCUACCGGCAUGAACUAUUUGUUCGAUCAUGGAUGCUUACACACACUUCUUGCGGCCCGCAACUGUUUCAUUACGGACGAGUCUUUGGUGAAGAUAUCGGAUUACGGCAUUUCCAGUGCCGCGACAGGUUAUACUAAAGACCUAGCUCUGUUUCCGGUCAAAUGGUCCGCACCAGAACUGUUUAGAAGCGAACCACCAACAGCUAAGUCGGAUGUCUGGAGCUACGGAGUGGUAAUGUGGGAAAUAUUCUCUAAGGGAGACAAGCCACAUUCCAAACGAAAUAACAUCGUUACACAGACCUUUGUAAUGAACAAGGAGAUAUUGCCAGCACCCAAAGCGACACCUGACAGCAUUUACCACAUCAUGAAGCGCUGCUGGGCUUUCGUUCCAAGAGAUAGGAUACUGUUUGAAGAAAUCAUUGAACAGAUUGACAUACUGAUCAAGAGUCCGCCAUCCACAGAGAAGUGGAGCUAAUCAGUAUUAUAAGUGUUAGUCUUGAGGUAGAUUAAAUCGUCUUCAGACAUUUAAUGUCCAUCAAUCCACCAUGAAUUAAUACGCAUAUUUUAGUAAACAUCAAUUACCUCGCCUGUUUCUCGAAGAAAGUGUGUUGAGGUAUUGUCAUAAUCUUGGCUUCAUUUCCGAUUUCAUCGUCAUUAGACUGAUUGAAAACUGUUAAAUAAAUGAAAGAUUGACUGAACAUGUUUAACGCAAUGAUAUUUUUGUUGACUGACAACAUGGUGCCGGGAAAAAAGUAGUACCAUUCAUCAAGUUUCGUAAUUUUAAAUAGCAAUAUUGAUUCUCGUAUAUUACGUAAACGUUCAACUUAUACCACCUUUAUAGAUGUAAAAAAAGCUUACGACUGUAUGUAUCGAUUGAAGGAUACAUGUUUAUUGUAGAAAAAAUGGUUGAACAUGCACUAUGUU